AUGUUUGCUACAAUGGCUGUAGACCGUCUGCUUGGAUCCUUCAUCCUUCUCCUCAUCAGUAUCACAGGGUUCAGUGCUGAGAUCUCUGUGUUUGUUCAGACAGGAACUUCUGUUCAACUGGAUAUACAGACACAACAACUACCAGAGUUUGAUAUUUUAGCCUGGAUGAAUAAUAAAUCAGAGGGUAUAGUUAGAUACAUCAGUGAUUCCAAAAGAGUAACACCUCAUGAUUCCUACAAGGACAGAGUGGUUUUCAAUGAUGUAACCUUCUCUCUGACUCUGAAGAACAUGCAGAAGACAGACAGUGGACUCUACACAGCAAGAAUAAGUGGAUCAAUAAACAAAGAUUUGGCCUCAUACAGAGUAUCUGUUAUUGACUCUGUGGAGGCUCCUGUCCUGACUGUGAACUCAAACUGGUCCAGCAGUGACUCCUGUACUGUGAACUUCACAUGCAGAGCUCAUGAGCUCAUGAUUAACUCCAGCUAUCAGAACAACAGAUGCUCUCCACAGGAAGUGACAUCACAGAUCAACACUCUCACCCUGAACUGCAGUGAGGAAUACAUCUUCUGUAACCAUAGCAACCCUGUCAGCUGGAAACAAGACAGAAGAAACAUCACACAGCUCUGUGUCUAUAAUAAAGAGAAUGAAACACUGGAAAUCAAUCUUUCUUCAACAUUGCUCAGCAUUUUACUCUUUACUGUCAUCGCUGUGGGAGUGAUAGUGUUUGCUGGUUUGGCAUUUUAUUGUUACUGCAAGAAUAAAACAGAGGUCAAACAGGCUGAUGAUACAGACUACGAUGAUGUUGAGACUCUGAUCCAGAAGAUGACAGGAGACACAUGGACCACCGUCACCUACUGUACAGUAGGACGACACCAAACACCUCCUCCUUCUCAUGACAGCUAAAGUCUCACAAACAGAACUUAAAGCCUUAAUUCAGCUUCCGGAUUUAAUGACUCUUGUGGAAGUGUACAGACACUGUUUUUAUUUUGAGUCCAAUGAACUUCAGUCAGACACAGAUGUUAUAAAUGAGUUUUUCUCUGCGUUUCAUGUGAGAACACUUUAUGUGCGCAGUGCCACAGGCUGAUCUCCUCCAUGUCACACCACACUGAAUAGUAAUUCAUGCAAAAAGGAGUCCCAACCAAGUAUUUACUGCAUAAUUAAACCUUCUUUGGAGAUCUUGAAAAUUUCUGUUUUGUAAAUCUUUUUUUGAUUGAUCUUUGAGAAAUUAAUUCACGUUUUUUGAGAUACUGAUUUUUUUUUAUUUUCCUAAGCUGUAAUUCAUAACCAUCAGAAUGAAAACAAAAAACUGAAAUAUUUGAAGCUGUUACUUUCUUUCUUGGUAUUUAAAUUCACUCUUGCAGGUACACGUGCGAGCAAACAGCAUGAGCACGAGGACAAAGGACACCUACCCUCAUGCAUUUUCUUCUUUCUGACGACAGCUGUAUAAUUAUUUCUGAAUAAUUUGAACAUUUCAUUAGGGAAAUAAAAAAUUCUAAAUAUUACUCAUUCUUAAUGUUAUAAUUAGCGUAUUGGUAAAUGGUAUUUAGUCUUUUCUAUUUAUACGAUGUUUGUUUUCACAUGGCAAGUUCUACAAAAGUCAUUACAUUCCAUCACAUCACAUAAAGUAGAUAUAAAUAAUAAUAAUAAUCAGUCAUAAUUCAUUUUUGUCACAUUAAAGGGUUAGUUCACCCAGAUAGCAAAAUUAUGUAAUUAAUAACUCUCAUGUUGUUC